AUGGGGGAGAAGAACCGGACCCAGUUCCAAGCUGACGCGACCAAUUCGUCCCUCGUUGCUGGCGGCAACCCUGCUGACUCCGGCGAUGAUAAGGGAACAUUCCAUGGGGUGUCCAUUUGCAGGGGCCUUUCAAGCACCCAUUUGGAAGAGAACUCCACCAUGGCUUCCCUUGAAGGAGAGAGACUCAACACCACCGUCAUGAAAUGCUCCUCUGAUUCAACACAGAAGGUGGUGAAUGUUCAAGACUACGGUGCCAAGGGAGAUGUAGCUUCUACUUUCAUGGCAUUUGAGAAGGCGUGGAAGAAAGCUGGCUCAUCAUCUACUCGAUCCAUUCUGUUGAUCAUGGGGACACUCGAAGCGUCGAGGAACCAAAAGGAAUGGGGUGGCAGGAACUCCAGGCAUUGGAUACUCCUCAGUAAUAUCGAAAACGUCACUGUUCGAGGUGGUGGAACCAUCAAUGGCAAUGGGAAGAUAUGGUGGAGAGGCUCCUGCAAGGUGGAUGAAUCUAUGGCCCUGAGCUUUAACUCGUGCAAGAAUUUGAGGGUGGAGAAUCUGAAAGUGAUGGAUAGCCCACGAAUGCACAUAUCUUUGGAGAAACGUACUGGCGCAGAUGCAUCUCAUCCGACCAUCACUACUUCGGAUGAGAUUCCGAACACUGAUGGGAUUUGUGUCACUCAUUCGAAGAGAGUAAAGAUCGCCAACAGUUUAAAUCUGUGUGCGUAA